ACUCACAGCCUGACAUCUAUGUCCCACCCCUAUGGGGUUGUUUCCGACGAUUCACCUUAAACAAAGACAUAAAAUCGUGGAUCUCACGUGGGAAAUGCCGACCACAGUCUUCUCACACGCGUGAAAUAGUCUUGUCCCCACCAUUUCACGGCACGCAGAGAGAGAAAAAAAAGCAAAGCAAAGAGCGGAGCCCCAAAAGAAAAACAAAAACGGAGUAUUCUCUCGCAGAUUCAUUAGAUCCCAAGGGAAAAAAAAAAAAAAACGAAACAAAAGCAAGAACUGUACCGUUUCUCUCUCUUCUCACUCUGUAGGGACUUCUUUUUCGCUUCCUUGUUCUUAUCUUUUUCUCUGAUAUUUUGUUUUUCACUCUCUUGAAAGAAGAUAGGUUUUUUUUUUUUUUUUUUUUUUUGGCUUGGGAAGUUUCUUUACUUAGUCAUUUCGGUUCAAUUUUAUGCUGAUGAGACUUUCUUUGAUGUAAUCGAGCUUUUUUUCUUCUUGUAUUUAAACGCUUCAUUUGGAUUCUUAAUGAACCGAUCUUCGAAGGAGUCAAGGUUGGCAGAUCUGAAAGUUUGAAGGCAGCCUCAGUUUACGUUUCUCACUUAAAAAACCUUGUUUUGGGCUUUUCGGGUCUCUUUGUUUGAAUUCAAAUAUGAUGCAUCGUCCUCCUCCAGAAGAUUUCGCCCUUAAGGAGACCAGACCCCACCUCGGUGGUGGAAAGGUCAGUGGGGACAAGCUUACGAGCACUUAUGACUUGGUAGAACAGAUGGAAUACUUAUAUGUUCGGGUUGUAAAGGCUAAGGAUUUGCCAGGGAAAGAUGUUACAGGUAGCUGUGAUCCUUAUGUUGAGGUUAAGCUUGGAAACUACACGGGUAAAACUCGGUUUUUUGAGAAAAAGUCGAAUCCUGAGUGGAAUCAAGUGUUUGCUUUUUCGAAAGAUAGGCUUCAGGCUUCAGUGCUCGAGGUUACAGUUAAGGACAAGGAUGUCGUGAAGGAUGACUUUAUUGGGAAGGUUAUCUUUGAUCUUAAUGAGAUUCCAAAAAGGGUUCCACCAGAUAGUCCACUGGCACCACAAUGGUAUAGGUUGGAGGAUAGGCAGAGGAAUAAGGUUAAGGGAGAAUUGAUGUUGGCUGUUUGGAUGGGAACUCAAGCUGAUGAAGCGUUUCCUGAAGCAUGGCAUUCUGAUGCAGCUGUUGUUAGUGGGGCUGAUGCGAACAUUCGAUCAAAAACAUAUCUCUCUCCAAGGCUUUGGUAUUUGAGGGUCAAUGUGAUUGAGGCUCAGGACUUGCAACCUGGUGGUAAGGGUCCGUAUCCUGAAGUUUUUGUGAAGGCUAUCUUGGGAAAUCAGGCUUCGAGGACUAGGAUUUCUCCGGUCAGGAGUAUUAAUCCAAUGUGGAACGAGGAUCUGAUGUUUGUGGCAGCAGAACCUUUCGAGGAGCAUUUAAUUUUGAGCGUAGAAGAGAGGGUUGCUCCUAACAAGGAUGAAGUUCUGGGGAAGUCUACAAUUUCUUUACAAUAUGUAGAUAAGAGGUUUGAUCAUAGACCUGUGAAUAGUAGGUGGUUUAAUCUUGAGAAGAAUGUUGUUGUAGAAGGAGAGAAGAAGAAAGAGACCAAGUUUGCCAGCAGAAUUCAUAUGAGAAUCUGUUUGGAAGGUGGUUAUCACGUUCUGGAUGAGUCAACCCAUUACAGUAGUGAUCUUAGGCCAACCGCAAAGCAGUUGUGGAAGUCUAGCAUUGGGGUUCUGGAACUGGGGAUUCGUGAUGCACAUGGGUUAGUGCCAAUGAAGACAAAAGAUGGAAGGGGAACAACUGAUGCUUAUUGUGUUGCAAAAUUUGGUCAAAAAUGGGUGCGAACAAGGACAAUAAUCGAUAGCUUUGCACCCAAGUGGAAUGAGCUGUAUACAUGGGAGGUUUUUGAUCCUUGUACUGUCAUAACUAUUGGGGUAUUUGAUAACUGUCAUUUGCAUGGAGGAGAUAAGGCUGGAGGUGCAAAGGAUUCUAAGAUUGGGAAGGUGAGAAUUCGUCUCUCCACUCUUGAAACCGAUAGGCGUUACACUCACUCAUAUCCACUUUUGGUGCUACAUCCAAAUGGGGUCAAGAAGAUGGGUGAAAUUCAUUUGGCUGUGAGGUUCACGUGCUCUUCCUUGCUUAAUAUGAUGCAUAUGUACUCGCUUCCGCUUUUGCCAAAAAUGCAUUAUCUUCAUCCCUUGACUGUUAGCCAGGUUGAUAACUUGAGGCACCAGGCCACCCAGAUUGUUUCAAUGAGGCUAGGACGGGCUGAGCCACCAUUGAGAAAAGAGGUGGUGGAGUAUAUGCUAGAUGUGGAUUUUCACAUGUGGAGUAUGAGAAGAAGCAAAGCUAAUUUUUUCAGAAUUAUGAAUGUUUUGGGUGGGUUAAUUGCUGUUGGAAAAUGGUUUGAUCAGAUUUGUAAUUGGAAAAACCCUAUUACAACAGUAUUGAUUCACAUCUUGUUUAUUAUACUGGUCCUCUAUCCUGAGCUUAUUUUGCCUACAAUUUUCCUCUACCUGUUCUUGAUUGGGGUAUGGUAUUAUAGAUGGAGGCCAAGGCAUCCUCCUCACAUGGACACUCGCCUUUCUCAUGCAGAGUCCACACAUCCUGAUGAAAUGGAUGAAGAGUUUGACACAUUUCCAACUUCCCGGCCAUCUGAUAUUGUCAGGAUGAGAUAUGAUCGACUGAGAAGUAUUGCUGGAAGAAUUCAGACGGUGGUUGGUGAUCUAGCUACACAGGGUGAGAGGCUGCAGUCUCUUUUAAGCUGGAGAGACCCAAGAGCCACGGCUCUGUUUGUGAUUUUCUGUCUUGUUGCUGCCGUUGUUUUAUAUGUCACACCGUUCCAGGUUGUGGCACUUCUAGCUGGAUUUUACAUCUUGAGACAUCCUAGGUUUCGCCAUAAGCUUCCUUCAGUGCCUCUCAAUUUCUUCAGGAGGUUGCCUGCAAGAACUGAUUCCAUGCUAUAAACAGGACUAGUUUCAAUUGCAAUUUCCCCGAGGUGGCAUGGAAUUGGGAUUUUCCCCUUGUUGAUUCGGACAAGAAGAUGCAGAAACAAAUGGAGCUUGUUUCUUUUCUAUGUUCAGCGGCGGGCGAUGGGUUCUGGUGUGAUGUGUAACCUUCCCCCCGAAGGUAGUAGAUUUUGUGGAUUUGUGUUUAUUUAUAUUAUCUAUAGGAUUUCUGUUUUAAAACUGUGUUUAUGGUGAUCAAUGAAUGUUCAGUGUAAUUUUUUAGGUUGUGAUUGGAAUUUAACCAAUGCUGAACCCCCUAUCCUCAUUUGCAUCUAGCGGAUCAUACUAAAAAUGAUGGGACUUCUAACCCCAUUUCUGGCUAUUUGUUUUGUUUAGUACAUCCUUGAUGACAUGUUAUUUGUUUAGCGUUGAGUAGAGCAUACUGUAUUACUGUGUCGACACGAAGCGUGUGAAUGCUAAAUCUUGGAUAAUCCAUAUGUGAAGGUCAUUUAGAAUUUGGGAUUGAACGAGCGUUUUUUAUUAGAUUAAUCCCAUUGCUGAUCAAAGCUGUUAAUUUAUAUCAACAGAUAACAGAACAUAAUUUUUUAUCACCGUUUUAAGAAUCUCUUACUGGGUUUAGUACUAUUCCUCAUAUCUGCUGCAUUAUUUAUUAUGUUGGCCUUGUGGAAUAUCGUGACAGCUGCAGAUGUGGACGUGUUUGAUUAGUGACAGGGACAUGUCUUUUCAGAGAUUCUGUCUUGUGAUCCUGCCCUUUUAUUUUGUUUCAAGUUGUGGUUUAACUUGGUAGAAAAUUCUAGUAAU